AUGGGCGAGGAAGAUGAGAAAGUGAGCGGCCCUCUUGUGACUGAUACGAAGCCUGAUGAUAGUGUUUCGGGUUCAGAUGAUCAUGGUGCUGUUGUGGAGGCAAUCUUGAGCGCCGAUAGAGAAUCGGCACACUUCCUAGUUGUCGAUGAUCAAAUUGUGGACCAAGGGGUUGGGUUUUUGGUUGCCGAUACUGCUGUUGGAGCUCAUUCGACAACCAUUGAAAAUUCUGGGUGCCCACUUCAGGUUCAGAGCCAAGUGAGGGUGGGUUCGGACUUGAAGUUUCCUAUUUCUGAGGUGGGUUGUGGUUUGAUUGACUCUGAGGUUCCUAGACUGAUUUGGGAUGCUUCUUUGCUGUCGGGUAAGGAUGAGGAGGCUGUUAAUCUUGAGGUCAUCACACCUUUGGCUCUGUGGGACUCAGAUGGUUCUUUUGAUCUCGUCUCUAUGGAAGAUGGUUCGGAUGGGUUUUCAGUGGAAGAGGUUUUGGAGCCUUCAGAAUGGGUGAGUAGGAUGAUUAAAUAUUUUAGUACUUAUGUGGGUUUCCCAAUUGAUUGUUGUGAGAGACAGUGUAUUGAUUUUUUUCAAAAACUUGAUAGGGUUUGGGAGCAGCAAGCCAAUGCUGUUACUACUCGUCGGGUAAGCAACUCAAACCAAAAGGGGAUGAGGGAGUUAAGAAAUUUGUUUUCAUCUAUUAAUUACAAUGGGCAUUCUGGUAGAAGUUCUAGAGGCAGUUUGAAAUCCUCUAGUUUGGGUUCAUUUGUUGGUAAAUGAAUUUAAAAAUGCUGUCAUGGAAUGUGAGGGGUUUGAAUAAUCCUCAUAAGAGAGAUGUUGUGAAGAAUCUUUUAAGGGAAUGGAAGUGUGAUAUAGUAUGCUUGCAAGAAUCUAAACUAGACAGUACCAGUUCCAGCUUGGUUAAAAGUCUCUGGGGUAGCCCUUUUGUAGACUGGGGGGCCUUAGAUGCCAUACAUACAAUUGAGGGUGUCAUUCUGAUGUGGGAUAAAAGGGUUGUUGAGAGGGUAGAUUCAGUGGUUGGAAGUUUUUCAAUUUCAAUUGUAUUGAAGGGUGUGUUAGAUGGCUUUGAAUGGAUUUGUUCAGGGGUGUAUGGACCAACUGACGGAAGUCUUAGGGAUGCAAUGUGGGCAGAAUUAGACUUAGUGAGAUCACGGUGGGCUGGGGCUUGGUGCUUGUUUGGAGAUUUCAAUGUUAUCCGUUAUCCGGCUAAGAGACUUCGCUGUAAUUCUUUUAGUCCUGCUAUGUUUAAAUUCUCAGAUUUCAUUGCUAAACAUUCACUGAUUGAUUUGCCUUUGGUAGGAGGUGAAUAUACUUGGUUUCGUGAUUUUGAUAGUCCUUCUAUGUCUAAACUUGAUAGAGUUUUGAUGACAACAGAUUGGGAAGAGCAUUUCUUAAAUGUGACUCGAACUCUCCCUAGGGUAGUGUCGGAUCAUUGUCCUUUGCUAGUGGAGGCAAGUGGUAUGUCGAGGGGGAAGAGUCCUUUUAGAUUUGAAAAUAUGUGGUUAAAGGUGGAGGGUUUUGUGGAUAAGGUUCAUCAUUGGUGGAAUGGUUAUCAUUUUGUGGGACCUCCAAGUUAUGUUCUAGCUUGUAAGCUGAAAGCCCUUAAAAGUGAUUUGAAGCACUGGAAUAAGCAUGUUUUUGGAGAUGUAGCUUUUAGAAAAAAGAGUCUUUUGACCGAGCUCUUAGACAUUGACAUGAGAGAAGGGAGGUAGGUGUUGACUCAAGAGGAUAGGGCUAGAAGGUUGGCGGUUAAAUCAGAUAUAGAUUUUCUGGCUUCUUUGGAAGAGAUUUCUUGGAGGCAAAAGUCCAAGGCUCUGUUUAUCAAAGAGGGUGAUAACAACACACGGUUCUUUCAUAGAAUUGCCAAUUCCCAUAGGCGAACCAAUCAAAUUAGGGGUGUGGAGGUGGAUGGCGUUCUCUUUGAGGAGGAGUCAGAUAUUACAGAUCAGGUGGUGGAUUUUUAUAAGAGAUUAUAUCAAGAACCAGAAGCUUGGAGACCUACUAUUGAUGGGUUAGAGUUCGCUUGUCUAGACGAAAUUGAGAGGUCUAUGUUAGAGAGAGAGUUUGAGAAGGAGGAGAUUAUUGAGACUCUUAAGGAUGCGGAAGGUGAUAAGGCCCUUGGGCCAGAUGGGUUUACCAUGGCGUUCUUUCAGAAAUGCUGGAGUGUUUUAGAAGGGGAUAUAUUGGCUUUCUUCAAAGAUUUCCAUAGCCAGUGUUUUUUUUGAGAAAUCUCUUAAUGCCACGUUUCUAUGUUUGAUUCUCAAGAAGACUAAUGUAGUAAAUAUCAAAGACUUUCGUCCUAUCAGUCUUGUGGGUAGCCUUUAUAAAUUGUUGGCUAAGGUGUUGGCUCAUAGGCUUCGAGGAGUGUUGGAUAAAUUGAUAUUCGACUCUCAAAAUUCUUUUGUGGGAGGGAGACAAAUUCUUGAUUUGGUUCUUAUUGCUAAUGAAUGCUUAGACAGCAGGUUGAAGAGUGGUAUUCCUGGUGUUAUAAUAAAGCUGGACAUUGAGAAGGCUUAUGAUCAUGUGAAUUGGAAUGCACUAUUUUACCUUAGGAUAGGAUGGGCUUUGGGGCAAGGUGGAGUAGGUGGAUUAAGGCGUGCAUCUCUAUAGUUAAAUUCUCAGUUUUGAUUAAUGGAUCUCCUAAAGGUUUUUUGGGAAGUUCUCGUGGUCUUCGCCAAGGAGAUCCUUUGUCUCCACUUUUAUUUCUAAUGAUUAUGGAAGUGUUGAGUAGACUGUUGAAGAGGACAGAAAAUGGUGGUUUUCUUUGUGGAUUUAAAGCGGGGUCACAUAGACGUGGGGGUAUCCAUAUUUCUCACAUUCUUUUUGUUGAUGAUACUAUAUUGUUUUGUGAUGCUUCUAGGGAACAGUUAUUAUACGUGCGGAUGGUGCUGAUUUUCUUUGAAGCUAUUAUAGGCUUGAAAGUUAAUGUAGGCAAGAGUGAGAUUGUUCUUGUUGGCGAUGUCGGGGAUUUGAAUGGUUUGGCUCGUAUCCUUUGUUGUAAGGUGGG